CGCUACCGCCCUCGCUCGCCGAGACCGAGGCACCGACGCUGCUCGCAAGCGACAGCGAACCGGUGCCUUCGCGUCGACGUCGGCAGCCUCCCUCCCCUCCGACGUCACCACCUCCGCCUCGCGUCGUGCCCGACACCUCGCAGGAUGACAUGUGGUCCAAAGUCAAGGACCGCAUGACGAUGACGACGACGGGAGGGGGGGACACGCUUGCGUGGUGCCGCCCCUGCUCUGAGUGCAGUGCCGGGCAAAGGGUCAACCUUGCCUGGUGGUCAAGAGCCGGGAUGCCGAAGAUGUCAAGCAAAGCAGGGAAACCUUUGCUUGUCAUCAUUGCCAGCAACGCAAGCUGCGCUGCUCUGGUCGCCUCGUUGGUCGCCCCAACCUCGAGGAGCGCCUCCCCUCACCAACCCCCUUCAUGCCCUCUCCGGCUGCUCGCUCCCUCCGAGCUCAGCCGCUGUCAUGGCCUCCUCGUGGCAAUGGGUGGAUAGCUGCUCGCGAGAGUGGUGAACCAACGAUGACUGAUGUUCUUGACUUUCUCAUAUCUGCUAGAAUGCUACAUCGUGACGAGUCCCUCCUGAGAUGAUGUGUGCGCGCUCGCUUCACCUCUUGA